AUGUCUGCUCCUUCUACGGGUCCGCAGCAGCCGCCGCAGCAGCUGCAGCAGCAGCAGCGCAUCAAAGACACCGUGAAGGCCGUCAGGGCUGCUCUCAGGGCCCGGGCACGCCAGAGCGCUUUGUCUAUUCGCCGGUUGGGAGUCCCCAGAACUGACCGCAUGGUCCCCAUACUUCAGGCCAUCAACGCCGCUCGCUUUGGAGCACCUGGAGUGCGUUACCGUCUGGAGAACAACGAACAGCCGCCUCCGACGCGUGAUCGACGUGUCUUUCCUCGCCCACACACCCGCUUUGUCAUCGACACGGUCUACCCUUUCAAUCACCGCCAGACUCCUCUCCGCCCCGAGCAACGCCACGAGGAAGACCUUGAUACUGCCGCGACACAGACGACGUUCCAGGCUACGACUAAGCAUCGCCGCCAGCACAAGGAGCUCGUUCGCAAGGCAACUACGCAGACCACUCUUAUUGUCCCUGGUCCUGCGACUCCUGCUGUUCCUCAGCCACCGACUGAACCGGAGAGCGACACGGAUGAAGACGCCUUUACUAUUGAACCGGCCUCAGCUCCCCCCACCACUGAUUCACCUUCUUCUUUCGCUUCCCACGUGGCUACUGAGCCUACUGGAUCUCGUCUGCUGGUCGAUUCUCAGUCUGCUUCUGUCCCUGAGCCGUCCGUCACUCCUGCGACCCCAGCGUCGGAACCAUCGUCAUCUGCCGCUUCUGGUCAGGCAUCCUCUUCAGCACCUUCCCAGUUUGACAAUCAACAGGCCAACGGGCAGAUCAACUUGGCAUCGCAGCCUGCUACGACUGAGUUUGCCCCUAGCCUGCCGCCUUUGCCAUCAUAUCUGUCGGCCCUCCGUGCCUUUGGCUCUCGACCGAACAUUGACGCCCGCCGACCUCAGCCAGAGUUUUCGGAACAAGGGCAGCCGUCAAACACUGAUGACCCUCAAUUUGUUGUAACCAAUGGAAUUCGCACGCGAAAGCGGCGCGCAAACACCACCACCGACCUUGAGCUGGUGGCUGCGGCAGGCGAUCGCCGUAUUCCAACACCACAGAGAAUUUACCUUGCCCGACGAGAGGCAAGACUGUGGGCCAACUCUGCGCGUGCCGUCCCCGUGUAG